AUGUCGCUACACUCCAAAGAGAAGCCUCAUAUCUACGUUUCGAGCUCUAAAGUGAAUUCCGUGGAUUUGGGGGAAGCUAUCUCCAGCAACAACAAAAAUAUCAUUGGGUUAGACCUCUUUGAGCAGGCAAAUGAAAUUCCAGAAGAAGAGUUUGAAUCUGAGAUCAAGGGGAUACGUUUCAAAGUUGACCUUCGAAUCGUGCCGAUCCUUUGUGUCACAUACACUUUACAAUUUCUAGAUAAGCUAAGCCUAAACUAUGCAUCAGCUUACUCACUCAAGGAAGAUUUGGGCCUACAUGGACAAAGGUACUCAUGGGUUGCUGCUAUCUUCAAUUUUGGAUACUUGUUCUGGGCGAUGCCUUCCAACUACAUUAUUCAAAAAGUUCCCCUUGCAAAAUACACCGGUAUCAUGAUCUUUGUGUGGGCAAUCAUUCUAAUAGCGCAUAUUGGCACAAAGAACUACGCUGGAAUGCUUGUUGUCAGAUUUGUUCUUGGGAUGUUCGAGGCAGGAAUCUCCCCAUCAUGUAUGAUGAUAUGUGGUAUGUUCUAUUCUCGACAGGACCAGCCUUUCAGAAUGUGUACAUUUUUGAGCUUCAACGGUGUUGCAACCAUCGUAGGAGGACUCCUUGGGUUUGGUCUUGGCCACUCUCACCUGCCUGCUAUCGCCUCAUGGAAAUUAAUCUUUUUAGUUAUUGGACUUUUGAACUUUGUGUGGUCCAUUGUCUUUCUCUGGGUUACUCCAGACAGUCCUGCUUCCGCUAAGUUUCUCACUGAACGUGAGAGGGCAAUACUUAUCAAAUACAUCUCCAAAAAUAACCAAGGUGUUAAAGACAAACAAUUUAAAUGGCCACAGGCAUUGGAGGCUGCCACUGAUAUUGGAGUGUACAUCGUUGUCUUGGUGGGUUUGGGUUGUGGAAUUAUCAAUGGCGGAGUGUCAAAUUUCCAAUCGGCUUUAAUCAAGGGUUUUGGUUUUGAUGGCCUCGCUGCAACGGCUUUACAGAUGCCUACGGGAGCCAUUGAAUUCAUCAUAGUACUCGCGGCUGGUGUCCUUGCGUUGAAAGUCGACAACAUACGAUGUUUACUUUUUGUACUUCUUUGUCUUCCAGGUUUUUCUGGUCUCAUUGGAAUUCAUGUCAUUGAAGACGAUAAGUGGGCUUCAGUUGGCUGCACGUGGUUGCAAUAUAUCAUUGGAGGUCCAGUAAUCAUGUCGUGGAUCUUCAUCAAUGCCAACAUUGGUGGUACUACAAAAAAAGUCGUCACUAACGGGUGCUGGUUCACAAUGUAUGCGGCAGGGAACAUCAUCGGGGCCAAUAUCUUCUAUGCUAAGGAAGCCCCCAAGUACAACUCUGCUAUGAUUGGUCUUAUGACUUGCUACUCAGGAAUGAUUGCGUUAGGAAUUGGCUACUACUUCCUCUUGAGAGCCAGGAAUUUUAGAAGAGAUAGAGCACAAGGUGAACAAAAUGAGGGAAUGAAGCAAGAGGCUGUAUUGAAUGGGUUUAAGGGCCUCACUGAUUUCGAGAACGACGGAUUCCGUUAUGCCUUGUGA